AAGGCUCUUUUAAGAGCCACCCAUCUUUUCUGGAAAGCGCUGAAAUACUACAGAAUUGUAGGUGACGUUUAAGUCUUAGUGUUUGGUUACGCGCAGUUCUUAAGGUAUCCUGCUAUUUUAAAGUUUGAUGUUUUAUAAACUGGACAACUCGUACUCCCAUUCUUUCCACACAUUGGUCAGGCGGAUAUAAGAGGUUACAUUUCCGAUGACAAGAUCAUAGAUUUGUGGAACAUUACAUAAAAUGCUCUUUAUGCACAAACGAUUCGGUAUUAAGCAAAUGGCAAUUCCCUGAGAACGUAAUUUUUAGGGUGUGGGCCACGUAUGUGACAACGAUGGAAAUCAAGAACAUAUCUGAUUAUGUUGAGAUUGUUUAAUGUAAAAGUGCACAGUGUUCACUCAUGUACGUAAUCACACAUACACUAUUUUCAAACUUGCAGCCCGAAAGUCUAAAAUACGCAUGAAAGAAAUGAGAGAACAAAGGAGACAUAUCUGGCCAAUCACCUGUCAGGGCGGGCUUUUUGAAUUCUAAAGCCGACUGCAUUCCUACUGAAAAAAAUUUUUCGUUUCCGUCUUUUCACACAAAAAAGAAAAGUCCACUGAAAUACACUAAAUGAAACCUCGAUUUUAUCAACUCAAUUUAAAGUACAUUAGGAAUUCAUAUAAACUGGAAAUAAAUUUGACUCUAUAUUCUAUAUUCAAAUCUUAGUGGAAAUCCAAUCAUGUCUCAGAAAAAGCAACCAGAGAACCAAUUAGAUCACAGCGCGGGACCUACAAACCACGCUGAUUUCUCCUAUAAAUAGGGUCAGAAACUGCACCUCAUUAGUCUCCAGUCACUUUCCUUUUCUGUGUAAUUGUCAUGGCUCGCACGAAGCAGACGGCGCGCAAGUCGACGGGCGGCAAGGCCCCGCGCAAGCAGCUGGCCACCAAGGCGGCCCGCAAGAGCGCGCCGGCCACGGGCGGCGUCAAGAAGCCGCACCGCUACCGGCCCGGCACGGUGGCCCUGCGCGAGAUCCGCCGCUACCAGAAGUCCACCGAGCUGCUCAUCCGCAAGCUGCCGUUCCAGCGGCUGGUGCGCGAGAUCGCGCAGGACUUCAAGACCGACCUGCGCUUCCAGAGCUCGGCCGUCAUGGCGCUGCAGGAGGCGUGCGAGGCCUACCUCGUGGGGCUCUUCGAGGACACCAACCUGUGCGCCAUCCACGCCAAGCGCGUCACCAUCAUGCCCAAGGACAUCCAGCUGGCGCGCCGCAUCCGCGGCGAGCGGGCGUAAUUCCAGGAAGCUGUUUUCUCUGGACUUUGAAAAAGGCUCUUUUCAGAGCCACCUAUUUUGUCAAAAACUGUUGUAACGCUUUCUUUCCUUAUUGCUACCUUGGUGAAACUAGUUUCUCUUUAUAAGGAUAUUCUGAAACUUUUAAAUGCAUCCACUGGGUUUUAGAACAACGCAUCUGACUUGGAUUCACAGUAAUUGUGUUUAAUGUAUAACAUUCUGUGACUUAAUUUUUAAAAAGCCCUUAACUCACCAGGCAGGAUGUGUUUCAAGCUGCGGUUGUUUGACAAACUCACAGAAUGGCCUGUAGCGGUCGUAAAGAUCAGUAAGGAUACUAUUGCUGAGGGGGUUUCUCUCUUUACGUUCAGCCCUUUAUAACCUUUUGGAGCGUGAGAAAAGAACAACGUUUCCAAUUCCCAUCCUUGGGGAGUCAAAGACUAGGUGAAUCAAAUGAAAUACAUUAUUUCUUUUUAAUGGAUCUGCACUCCACUGUGUAGACCUCAGUAGAUUGAAAAGUAAAUACAAACAUGGUUUUUUAUCACAUGGAGAAAUUGGUCUUUAUGCCAUUACGUGAUGUGUUAUCAAAGUGUAAAGUUCAAAAUAGCAAGCUGUCUCAUAGGGAAUUAUUCUGAUAUAUAACCCAUCAGUAAGGGAUAUCAGGAUAAACCUAGCUCAAAGCAAUAUAGGACAUUAUCAAGACUAUCCAUAGUUCAAGAAAGUGAAAGAAAGUAGAAUAGUUUCCCCACAAUAUUCCUCUUUGACAUAAAAAUUGGAGCUUAAAGGCCGUUAAGCAAUAAAUACAGAAAAAGUGUUGUGAACCCUUCCCCUUUUCUGCCUUAAGACAGGAUACAAAUUCUUUAAUGGAGACUUAAAAGCCCAGACAGGGACCAGAGGGAUCAGGAAACAAGCCUUACUGUUAGGUUCUUCCCAUAUACCUACCUUCCCAUGCUUUUCAGCCCUUAGAAGCCUACAACUGCCUUCCUUUGUCCGGUCAUUGCUCUACAUAUUGUUCUUUGUCAAAGAUGCUGUGUAAGCUGCAGUAAGGCGCCACCUUGAA